UUACCUAGGCUUCCGCUUCCGGUUUGCCUCAGAGCCAUGGCGACCGUACGUGCACCGACCUUAAGCAGGUGGCGCCGGACCCUUCGCCUAGCUCCGCAGUUAUCCCGGGCCCUCGCCGCCCUCGUGCCCAGCGUGACCCACGUAGAUAACAGGUCCGAUUUUCUGGGGAAGAAGCCCCAUCGCCGGCACCCUGGCAUCCUGCAGCUCCCGCACGUGCAGCUGCCGCCCGCCCUCGCUAAAGCCGCGCAGUUGCUGCUGCUCGAGAGCACAGUGGCAGAUGUGGAAGAGAAGGUGCAAACACUGAGCAAUUAUCUGUGGAGCCGACAUUUGCCUGUAGAACCGGAGGAGCUGCAAAGGCGGGCUAUGCAUCUUGAGAAAAAAUUCCUGGAAAACCCAGACUCACCUCAGACAGAGGAGAAACUCCGCAGAGCAGUGCUACAUGCCCUGCGCAGAACUACCUACCACUGGCAGGAACUGAGCUACAAUAAGGAGCUGAGCCUGGUGUAUAUGGCAGCAAGAUUGGACGGUGGCUUUGCAGCAGUCUCCAGGGCAUUCCAUGAGAUCCAGAUUCGAAUUCCACAGUUCCAGCCACAAACCUUGAUGGACUUUGGUUCUGGUACUGGUUCUGUCACCUGGGCUGCUCACACUGCUUGGGGUCAGAGCCUCCGUGAAUACAUGUGUGUGGACAGCUCAGCCGCCAUGUUGGGCUUGGCAGAAAAGCUCCUGAAAGGUGGUUCAGAAUCAGGGAAGCCUUAUUUUCCAGGUGUCUUUUUCAGACAGUUUCUACCUGUAUCACCCAAGGUGCAGUUUGAUGUAGUGGUCGCAGCCUUUGCCCUGAGCGAGCUGCCCAGUGCAGCUGACCGCACCUCGGUACUCCACACUCUGUGGCGCAAGACAAGCCAUUUUCUGGUACUAGUGGAAAAUGGAACAAGAGCUGGGCACCGGCUUCUCAUGGAUGCCAGGGACCUGGUGCUGGAGGGAAAAGAGAAGUCGCCUUCAGACCCUCGUCCUGGGUUCGUCUUUGCUCCAUGUCCCCAUGAACUCCCUUGUCCUCAGUUGAUGGCCUCUCAGCCCCUGGCUUGUAGCUUCUCCCAGGGUUACCAUCCCAUCCCCUUCAGCUGGAAUAAGAAACCAAAAGAGGAAAAGUUCUCUAUGGUGAUUCUUGCCCGAGGAUUUCCAGAGGAUGCUAAUCGAUGGCCACGCAUCACGCAGCCUGUCCUUCGACGGCCCCGCCAUGUACAUUGCCACCUGUGCUGCCCGGACGGGCAUAUGCAGCACGCUGUCAUCACGGCCACCCGGCACGGCAGGGACUUGUACCGUUGUGCCCGUGCCAGCUCUUGGGGAGACCUUUUGCCUGUGAUCACUCCACCCGAGUCUCCUCCGUCCUCCAAGCAGGAUCCACCUGAGAGUUGACAGGGAUGCAUAGCCAGUGUUUUCUCUCAGACCUGCUGAAGCUAUAGCUUCCUGGUAUCCAGGAAGGAAGUGCUGAGACCCCUGUAUGUCUGUACUUGUUUGAAGUUUUAAUAAUAAUAAAUUUUUAAAGAAUGGAAAUGAAUUUUGUUUUCC